AUGGAGAACGGCACAGAGGGCAAAGACUUCUACAUCCCCAUGAACAACAGGACGGGGCUUGUGAGGAGUCCUUUCUAUUAUCCACAGUAUUAUUUGGCGGAUCCCAUCAUGUUCAAACUGCUUGCUCUUUGGAUGUUCUUCCUCAUCUGCGCUGGAUUCCCCAUCAACUUCCUGACCCUGAUGGUCACAGCUCAGAACAAGAAGCUCCGGCAACCUCUCAACUUCAUCCUGGUCAACUUGGCUGUGGCUGGACUGAUCAUGGUCAUCUUUGGAUUCACAGUAUGCUUUUACUGUAGUGUUAUGGGAUAUUUCUCCUUGGGAACCAUGGCCUGUGCUGUUGAAGGAUUCAUGUCCACUCUUGGAGGUAAAGGCUUAAUGUUUAAUCCUGUAACUCUCACACAUGGACACUUAAACGUUAUAUUGUUUGAUUUUUAUUGAAGAUAACUCAUGUUUUCUCUCAUUUAUCAACAGGUCAGGUGUCACUGUGGUCACUUGUGGUCCUGGCUGUUGAGAGAUAUAUUGUGGUCUGCAAACCCAUGGGUAGUUUCAAAUUCACAGCCACCCAUGCUGGAGCAGGUUGUGCAUUUACCUGGAUCAUGGCUCUCUCUUGUGCUGUCCCUCCUCUGGCUGGGUGGUCAAGGUAAGGGAUAAAAAAAUCUGAAAACACCAGCUAACACACGACACUAUCCAUUCUUUCUGCCUAACAUUCAACACAACAACUCUAUUCUUCGGCUAACACGUGAAGACGUUUCAGUAAUGGCAUUACAAAAGCAGUCACGCCAUCACAGGUUUUCAACUCCCAGAUUAGCUAGGACAUUAACUUCUAGAUAAGAAAGGAAAAACAGGAGAUGAUACAUUUUUUACGUUAACGACAUUUCAAGAUCACCUGAGCAGAACUACUUCCUGGUUGCAGCUGCAAAGUAAACAACUGGAUAUGGUCCUUCUGUUAAUAGGAAAGGAAAUGUUAACUCAAAACAAAAAAAGGAGUCAACCAAAUUGGUCUGAAACAACCAAAUAUUUCUGAAACUAACAUCAAAUUAUAAUCGGCAUAGUGUUAAUUUGUAAAGGACUUGUCUUUGUGUUGAUUUUGGCGCCCCCUUUGGACAAAGCGGUACCUUGCACUGUGUAUGUGACAGCAUUCUCAGCUGUGUGGUGGACUUCCUCCAACACCUACCCUUUUCAGGUUUUGUAGAGAUGUCGAUAACAAUUUCAGUCUUUUAAAUUACCAGCCAAAACGUCCUUAUGGGAGCUUUAUAGUCGUCGACUACACUGUUUAUUUAAUAGAUUUUGCGAAAUUCGGAACUACAGAAAUAUAAACUGAAGAACUUACCUGGUUAAAACUUGUUAUAGUAUUUUCAAGGGACUUUUUAACAAAUAACCACCCAUUGCCAUCACAUUUUCAAAUAGUAUGUAAUGCUCUAAAUUUUGAUGUCACAACACAGUACCUGAAACCAUCUGAUGCCCAAAUAAAAAAUUUUCAUGAUACAUUGACUUUACACAAUAGUAUAAUAUGUUAUGUGAUUUCACUUUUUCAGUCAAAUGCACUGAUUUAAGAUUUUAAUGUACUUGGAAUCUUUCAAUAACAUUUUUGCUAUAAUUUCAUGUCUUUGCUUUCAGGUACAUUCCUGAGGGUAUCCAGGUUUCCUGCGGCCCUGACUACUACACUCUGGCUCCAGGCUACAACAACGAAUCCUUUGUCAUGUACAUGUUCUCCUGCCACUUCUGUAUUCCUGUCUUCACCAUCUUCUUCACCUAUGGAAACCUUGUGUGCACAGUGAAGGCGGUAAGCGAAACAUUUGAAUCUACUUAGACUGCCAUCAGUGGUCAAAGGGUACCCAAGCACUUACUGAUAUUUAAAUCCCUUUUAGGCUGCAGCUCAGCAGCAGGACUCAGCAUCCACCCAGAAAGCUGAGAAGGAAGUAACACGCAUGUGCAUCUUGAUGGUCUGUGGCUUCUUGCUGGCCUGGACUCCAUAUGCCAGCUUUGCUGCAUGGAUCUUCUUCAACAAGGGAGCUGCUUUCUCAGCCACAUCCAUGGCUAUCCCUGCCUUCUUCUCCAAGGCCUCAGCAAUCUUCAACCCCAUCAUCUAUGUAGUGAUGAACAAACAGGUACUGGAAAAAAAAACUACCUAGACAGUCUCAAUUCAAUGUUUUGUGGCGAGAAGUGAACAGGCUGUUACUCAACCCAACAGCAGGAUACCACAAACAUUAUAACUUACAGUUUAACAGAGGCAGACUUGUAUGUUUUGAUGAAUCUGUGCAUCGAGUUAUAAAAACAUAGUGAAUCCUGUAUAAACACUUUAAAAACAGAGAUAUUUAGAACCAUAAUGAUACCACAUCUAUUAUAGCAGAUUCUCAAACUAACAGUGAUUCCCAAUGCGAGCUGCUGUCCCUUGGAAGUGUUGAUAUAACUUUACAUGAGUAUUUGAUUUGCCAUCAAAUGUAUUUCCACACUUCUAUCCCCCCUCCCCUUUUUAAGAAGUCUUUCUCUUCCUCAAAUUAUACAUAUAUACAUUUGAAUUACAUUGUUUUCUCCUUUACUCAGUUAUUAACAGCCCUAGUGCAUAUAAGCAGCUUAAAGUCCACCUAACAAGACUUUACAGCUUCUACAAAGCUUUUUGUUUUUCACAAAUUCUAUGCAACUUUAAAAUACAUUUAUUGUGAUAAAAAUAAACUCAUGCGUACCUUUAAAUGUAGAUUUGAUCAGUAUGAUAUUUGUCAGAAUGAAAAUGACAAAGAUAUUUACCUGUAAAAACACAUUUCUGUUCUUGUCUCGGCCUGUGUUGAUUCGUUUUACUGUAUUUGGUCAGUUUCUCAUUCCGCUUUCAAGCACUUAGUGUGUUGCUCCAACACAAUUAUAGUGAACAGGGUGUAAGCUGCUAACUCUUGUCAGUAAACACAUUUCCUUGAAGAGGAUAAUUAGGUCAUAGAGUUGGACCAACUCUGGACAUUAUUCUGCUCUAUGAGUGCCAAAAAGGUUUUCAACAGUCAGUGUCCCAUGAUGCUUUGCUUUAUAAUUAUAAAAUGUUUUUUUUUUAUGUUUUCUCUUUUUUUUCCAGUUCCGUAACUGCAUGCUGAGCACUAUUGGAAUGGCCAGUGCUGUGGAGGAUGAGACCUCAGUAUCUACUAGCAAGACAGAAGUGUCCUCUGUUUCCUAA